GGACCCCGCAAGGGCAAGCCGGGUUUCUCGGCCGCCUCCGCCCUGCAGCUGUAGCCGGAAGCGGAACUGCGUGUCGACUGGGCAGUGGGAGGGGGAUCAUGGCGACCCCGGCCGACCUGCCGGAUUCCGUGUACUUGGAAAUCUUUUCUUACCUCUCGGUCCGGGACCGGAUCCGCAGCUCCAGGGUGUGUCGCCGCUGGAAGAGGCUGGUGGACGACCGGCGGCUGUGGCGACAUGUGGACCUGACUCUGUACACGAUGCGGCCCAAGGUGCUGUGGCAUCUUCUACGCCGGUACAUGGCAUCUCGGCUCCAUUCCCUGCGGAUGGGCGGUUACCUGCUGUCCGGCUCCCAGGCCCCCCAGCUCUCCCCGGCCCUGCUGAGGGCCCUGGGCCAGAAGUGCCCCAACCUGACGCGCCUGUGCCUGCACGUGGCCAACCUGACCAUGGUGCCCAUCACCAGCCUGCCCUGCACCCUGCGGACCCUGGAGCUGCACAGCUGUGAGAUCUCCAUGGCCUGGCUCCUCCGGGAGCAGGACCCCACGGUGCUGCCGCAGCUGGAGUGCAUUGUGCUGGACCGUGUGCCCGCCUUCCGCGAUGAGCACCUGCAGGGCCUGACACGCUUCCAGGCGCUGCGCUCACUGGUGCUGGGCGGCACUUACCGCGUGACCGAGACCGGGCUGGAGAGCACUCUGCAGGAGCUGAACUACCUGCAGAGGCUCGAAGUCCUGGGCUGCACGCUGUCCGCCGACAGCACCCUCCGGGCCAUCAGCCGCCACCUCCGUGGCGUGCGUAAGAUCCGACUGACCGUGGGCGGCCUGUCGGCGCCAGGCCUGGCGGCCCUAGAGAGGAUGCCGGUCCUGGAGAGCCUAUGCCUACAGGGACCCCUCGUCACCCCAGAAAUGCCCUCCCCAGAGGAAAUCGUCUCGUCUUGCCUCACCAUGCCCAAGCUCCGAGUCCUUGAGGUGCAGGGGCUGGGCUGGGAAGGACAGGAGGCAGAACGCGUGCUGUGUAAUGGGCUGCCUCACUGUUCAGUCAUCGUCAGGCCCUGCCCCAAAGUGUCCAUGGACUGGUGGAUGUGACUGUGCCGUCCAUUGCUGGGCCCCAGGCCAGCUUGCAUGAUGCAGCCCCGGACCCUCCUGAGAGGCCUAGUGGCUAGGCCCUUGCAGAAGAGACAGCCAGAGUCAGUGUUGCACCAGCCGGCCUCCCAGAGGGCGGGCCCAUUCUCCUCUGCCGGGUAUAGACAAGGUGAUUGCUACCUCCUGCUGGUGUUAGGAAGACCUAACUCUUAGUCAGCCUCUGACCUCGAGAAGGCCCUGGUGGAAGGGUCACAUUCCGGGUCAUCGGCAGAAGGAUGGAGCUGAGAGCUGGGUGGAGGGAGGUGCUGGAGAUGGAAGGGCUCAGAGAAAUGUGUCAGUGUUAGCUUUGCACAUGCACCCAUGCGCCGUGGGCCCAUUAUGAACCCACAGUCCUCACGGACACAGGCCAAGGGGGACUUGCCAUUUGAUGAUUAAAGUGUUAAUAAACGUUCUCAAUUGUAUUUUUUUAUACUUUGUACUCUGCAUUUUCUAAAUUUCACGCAGAAUUGUUUUGGUAUUAAAGGAAAAUAAUUUUUAAA